GUUUCACGAGCAGGACGUGUGAGCUUCGCGCGCGCUUCGUCGUCGGAUCUACCGAAUUUUCCAGUUUCCAGUUUUCGGUCGCUUCGCGUCGAUCGGUUGCUGUUGUUGUUGUGGUGUUGUUUUCGUUCUUCGCAUAUGCGUGGAUGUCACACUACAGCGCUUGUGUGGUAGGAUUUUCCGUUUUCUGCACAUUCUGAACGGUGUUCUGGAUAAAGCUUGCGUUGCCGACUUUCUUUCCGCUGAUUGUGGUUUGGGAUUGAUGGUGAAGUUUUUUUUGCUGUUUUUGUUACGCUCUUGGGAAGAGAUUUGAAGUGAGUUUCAAAAAAAAAAAAAUUGAAGAAACAGGCUGAUUCUUGCGGUGUGUUUUACGAUUCUGAGCAUUUUGAUUGAUGAAUUUUGGUGAAAAUUUUUACAACUAAGAAAGCGGCGUCCGGCUCUCGACUGCAACGUUCGGAUCAGUGUUAUGGUUUUUUUUGUUUGCGCUUUUACGGUUCGUUACGUGAUUUAGCGGUCCGGUUGGUGGAAGAAUUCGGUCAAGACCGGGAAGAAGCUCUCGUCGUGAUGUCAGUGGUUUUGCGAAUUGAGGAGUUCUGUUGAAUUUGUAUCUGGUCGGGUGAGUCAAGUUGCUGCAGGCCCAAGUUCCGAGAAGUGAAGAAACGAAACGUAGGAAAUGGUGCAAAGGCGAAAACAUACGGAAUUUGUACUUCUGUAAGUGUCUGGUGCUGGUCCGGCUCCAUAUACCUAUAUAUUUUUAUUUCGUGUGUGGUUGGUGGAACGGAACCUCUACAGGCCAAACUGCUGGCUGAAGAAAUCUCUGACGACGCGACAGGAAAAGACCGUUACCGUCUACUCUUUGCUGGACCAAGAACUCGGUGAGAAGUCAGAGGCCCUGAAUAGGCGUUGGCGUGAUACUGCCCUGUUCGCAAUCAAUACUUGCAAACUUCGGCAAAACAACAACCGAAGGAAGUUCUUUCUCAGCGCAAGGGAUUAAUAUCUGGAGCACGUAAUUACUCCUUCCUCCCAACUCCCAGAAACACCCCAAGUGAGUGUAUUUAAAGAUCUUAACAAGUGUGUUGUUACCUAACCUAACGUCGUCAUUUAAUCCUCAGGCAGGAGCGAGAGUGAUUGCCAUAAGUACAAAAAUCUGGUACAACUUCCCGGGGGCCGUGGUGCAAUUUUUCAAUUUACUGUGACUAAGUAGCAAAUAAAAGCAUAUCAAUUUCAACUCUUAACUUUGCGCGUAUUUUCCACAACCCACAACUACUUACCUACUACUACUGGGCGGUGGCAGAAAAUUGACGGCAGAAAACUGUCCGUGUGGGGAAAAGUGAUUUUUCUUAACUCAAUUCAACGACUCGGGCGAGCGAGCAAGAAGCAACGGGGGCUACUCCACAGUGCAGUGAAAAUCAUUCGGUUCCAACAUUUUGAUAUUUUAUUGUAAUUAUUACCGACCAUUACUGAAUGCAUCAGUGUGCUGAACAGCGAGACGUCGUCAUCAGGUAAAGCGCGGAAAAAGGGAGUUUUCACUUUGGCGUUAUACUGACUGGGUAGUUUGGAGUAAUACAAACCAGUAGACGCCGAGGAAAAUUCUACGUCCAAAUAAGAAACUGUGCUGCAGGUUCUGCUGACUCGGUCAACUUUUUUUGAUUUCCCAGAAAUGAACUGCUAGUCUCGUUACGUUCAAGGUUUUGCGGCGACUGAACUGGUGAAAUCGACCUACCGAAAGGAUCGAACGGAGCCAACUGUUGGAUCCAAGCAAUAAAUGAAAAUGCUCGACUCAUGAGCCCUCGGCCCAACACCGUUAUUAAGCGCCCAGCAUGACCGAUGCCUUGAAGAUGGCCGAUAUGCAGAGGGCCAACGUCGAGUUCGAGCGCCAACGACAUCUGGCCAAUUGGUUGAUCCAAUCUAGUCCGCACAUGCCAGUGGCGACGGCGCAGCAACAGCAGAAACAGCAACAGCUCGGCAAGAAAGGGAAAUUUAAGCAAAAUCCCAUCUUUUUCCUGGCCAAAAUCGGUCACAACAUGAACCUUACCAAUGGUCCGAAUCCAGCCGGUGCCGGAGCUGCAAUGGCCAUGGGGACCAACUCGAUAGCGUCCACCUUCAAUUCGCAAACUAACCUCCCACUGGCAAUAGUAUCCUCAUCGGGUCGCGAUGGCCACAAACCGAAGCUGAGGAGGUUCAACUCCCACGACACGAGCGCCAACAUGUUCUCGGUGGCGGAUUUCGAAAACGCCCGGUUCGCCCGAAGGAACGAAAUCGAAACGGCGGCCAUUCUACGCCAGCGGCAACAACGAUACAAGCUCAACUCCCUCUCAUCCGGUGGCGAUUGUUCCACGGGAGAGAGCAAGGGAUCGAAGCUAAGUAACGAAUCCGCCGGAGAGCCGCUGAUUGCCGAACAAUUUCUGGACAAAUUUUCACUUCCCCGAGUGGUUCGGCUGUCCUACGUUUCCGAUGCGACCGGAUCAUCUUCCGGGGAUCAAACCAUGACCUCCUCUAGUUCCGCGGAAUCGACCAGCACCUCGGAACGGAAACAACAGAAGCAGAAGAAGAAAUCCUCCACCUCAGCUAGCCCAACAACCGGGGAGCUUUUCCUGCUGUAUCGGUUUAUGAGGAACUAUAAGGUGUUUCACGCGUUUAACUCCAAGUCCGGCAACAGUCGGAAAAAGGGCUACAAAAUACCGCAGGAUUAUUCCGGAUAUUUUUCGUUCCUCAGUGAUAAAGGAACGCAGACGGCCACAGCUUACACGACCAUCGUUCAGCUUGUCCGUGAACGGGUCUACAAAUUUCUAUCCCUGGAAAACCUAUCCGGCUACACCGAAUCUCAUGACAAUUUCAACCAUAAAACCCACUACGUCAAGGCGACGGCAAAGGCGGGUCAGGUUUACCGUUUGUUGGCCGUCUUCCAGGAUGGUGACCAGAAGGCUUCCUCUAGUCAGAAGGACUCAAACUCGUUAUCGGGCGGGGCGGAGAAGGAGCGUGGAAAGUACGCUCAGCUACUCGGGGACAACCGACAGAUCUACUAUGUAUCGCUGUCGGCAAAAGGGAAGUUCUACGAAAUCGAACAGCACACGGCACCGGUCCUGCAGAAGAGUAGCAGCCUCGGGCAUCCAAACAGUGCCAGUAAGGCGCCGAAGCAGCUGAACCGCGAGUGUGUCCACCGGAUAGGGUACAUUAUGCAGUCGGACGUCAAUCUGCCGAUGAACCUGAAGCUGAUCGCCAGCAUGACCGGAGCCGCACAGAACAACGUGCCUGAGUACAUUACCAUCGCCAAGAUCAGCACCGAGAACUUCGUGGUAGCCUGUCCGCUGGACGAACAGGAAUACGCCUCAACGCUAACGCUCGCCAAGCUGCACAUCACGCCGCAAAUGAAGUUUUCGAAAUGUUCGCUGGGCUUCGAUGGCGAACAGCGGAUGUUCCUUAAUGCCAGUAUCCAGACGGUUCUCAAGUUUUGUCAGAUCAAUUGUGAAAACUUCACCAGGGUGGUGGACAACAACACCAACUGGGCCGAACUGCAGCAAAUCAUGACUGCAAUGCAACAGCAACAAUUACAGAAAGAACAACAGCAAGCGACAUCCAACAGUAUGAACCACUUGAGCGGUCCUGCUUCCAUGGGAUUCGGUAGCAUCACACCGAAGAGUGACGUUUUGAAGAAGCUUAAGCUAACUCGAUUAUUCGGUCAUGGAGAUCGAAACCAGACCUCGUCGUCUGGGCACGAAAAGGAGGACUCGAUCAUAUUUUUCAGUAAAAAUGAUCUGGAGAGCCUUGAAUGUGGUCAACAGUUAAGCCAACAGCCAGAGUCGCUGUCCCAUCAGGAACCACACGACCUGCAGCCUUUGUCGUUGGCUUCCGGCGUGAGCGACAAGAUGCGAGUCUUUACGCCGAACAAGAAAAAGUGGUUCAAGGGACUGAGAUCGGGAGAUAACAAGGACCACUCCACGGACUCCGAAGAUGCCGAGAAGGCCAAAUCGAUAGAUCGUUACAAAGAUAUGUCCCGAUUGAUACAGGAACGUUUCGGUGAAAUCGAUAUCGAAGGUUUGAAUUCUACAAGGGCUAAUUCGGAUAUCGGAUAUGAUGAUAUUACAAGUGCCAAUACGGUGGCCAGCGAAGGCGAAUCUGGCCUGCAAAAAUGUGUAUCCUUGCAGCAUAUUGAAAUUCAAAACCGUGCUAAUAUGGACAUUAAAAAUAAAGAUAAACCGGAUUUGGUAAACAACAUCCGGUUAGGAGAUCAAGGGCAGUCUGAAGAAAUUCUUUCGGAGUCAGAAGAUACUAUCUUUUUCCCGAUACGAAGUAGUGCUCAUCAGCAGUCUUUCAUGACCCAGAAACUCUACAGCGAAUUUCACGUCAAGACUAAGCAGCACAGCAAGUCUCAGUCGAGUAUUCAGCAUUUGUUGAAUCUUGCCAACCCACAGAGAUUGAGUGAGGUGAAGAGCAAAUCGAAGUUGGACAAAAAGCGCUCAGAAAUAGUACUCUCGUUCGAAGAUCUGCAAAGUCUACACAGAGAUGAAGAACUGGAAGAGGGUAUCAACCGAACACAGCUCAACAUUUUGGACGAUCUUCCCUACAGUAGUGUGCGCGAUUCGCUCAUUGCUCAAGAGAGUGAACCAAGAACACCGUCUGAAAGCAUCUAUGCAGAAAUAUGCGCCGAUAGUCCAUCGACCGCUUCGCCCCGGCAGCAGAAAGAACCCAUAUUUCCACCACCCGUCCAAACUUCAACAAUAGCUGGAACAACGAAUCACACAGGUGCUCACCAGCAGUCUCCACCACCAAGGCCCGAAAAACGUUUCACUACCAUCCGCAUCAAUGUGCCCUCGAGCGACAGCUGUUCACAGCAGGCCUCAGUCAGUCACAAUCCUGCCGGUUCCAGGUGUGCUACCACUGUCGGAAGUCCCGUGGAAGAUAAUAUCUAUAACACCAUCAAAUGAUGAGCUUAUCAAGACGUUUGUAAUUCCGAAAAAAACCAGCUUACCAAGGUGCAAUCCCCGAAUGUCCAAGUUGAUAGAGUGGUUUGGAGGAAUUGGUAAAACUUGGAAAAAUAAACAGGAUUGGAUAAAUAUGUCAACAAUUAACAUACAACGAAAAGUAUUUCAAAGAUUUUGUUUACUAAACUUUAGCAUUGAGUUUGGUGAUGGAAUAUAUUUAUAAAACAAUUUUAAUACACACUUGCGAAUUGAAAUCACAUUUCAAUAAAACUAUAAUAUUAAUUUCAAAAUGAUUAAAAAUAAAUGAAUAUUUUCGCUUAUCGUUCGUGUAAAAACAGAAAAUAACUUAAAAAUACAAAGAUUUUCAAAUAAAGAAUUUUUAGCAAAAGAAUAUCUACAAACAAGAUAUUCUCAUUCAGAUGUUCUCACCAAAUGGUUUUAAAAUAAAAGCCAAUACUUUAGUGGCACCAUUUCAGAAAAAAAAUCUUAUCUUAAAUGAGGUAUCAAAAUAAUUGACAUUCUCAUGCAUCAUUUUUAUUUAUCUUCAUUUUGCUGAGGCAUAAAUAAAUUGGUAGACAAAUGGUAUCUUCAUUUUUUUCGCACGUUUUAUGGAUACAAUGCAAAAUGUACAAAAUGACCUUUGAUGUUCCUUAUGUACCACUCUAUCAACUUGUCUUCUAUAUAUAAUCUUACACAAUCCGCUCAAAACAUGUGCCUGUUAAAGCUUCCUCCGUUUAUCAAAAGUUAAACGCUAACCAAUCACGCCGAUUUAACUGCACGUCCUGCUUCAAAAGCAAUGUACACCACACAUUCGAAAAAAAGAAACACAUAAUGUAGAAACUAGUAGGUAAUAAUAUGCAAAUUAUCCUUUAGUGUGACAGGGAAUACAAAUGUUCGAAAAACUUACUAGCGAGGAAGAGAAAGAGGAAGUUAAAAAACGGCGACCAAAGUAUUACCGGAACUUGUGAUAGAAAGAUAAAAUCAUUUAAAGCAGAAAAAUAAACAGCGUUAAUUGAAAAGUGCGAUUAUAUGUGUAUGUUUACCCAUUCAUUGGAAAUUGAAAAAUUAAGCAAUAGUUUAACUUAAGUGUGAUUUGAAAUGUACCCUCUUUCGAAUAAUCAACAGCCCCUGCGACGGUAAUUUUAUUGUUAAUUUCAUUUUCUAUACAUGAGCAAAAUGGAAUGAUUAAUAUCACUACGCUUUUUAUCAGUCAAUGUGAGAAAAAUAUAUAAAGGUUUGCCCUUGUCGCUCAUUUAGACAAUUAUUGUAACGAAGUUUAAUAAGAUUAAACCAUUAUGCUGGUAGAAAGUAUAUCGAAUCGAAGGUUCUAUCCGCACACUUACGGAAAACGACAUACCUAACAGAAGGAAAUGUCAUCUUAACAAACACUACAUUUAGGGAAAACUUUUUUUCGGCAACGACUAUUUAAAAUCAUUCACAAAUAUGUCUGUAUAUUUAGAAUACCGAUAAAUAGAAUAAAACUCACCGAAAUAAACUUACAAUG